AUCAGGAAGAAUUACGUGAUUAUGUACAGGCCAGAUUAAAGGUUUUUUAUGAGGAAGAGCUAGACUUUCUUCUUGUUCUCUUUAACGAAGUCCUUGAUCAUGUCCUUCGUAUUGACAGGAUCUUCAAACAGCAUCAGAGUCUCAGUGGAGCUGGUAAGACUAUACUGUCUAGGUCUGUGGCUUGGAUCAACGGACUACAUGUUCAUAAUAAAUACACUCCUGAUGGUUUUGAUGAUAAUCUACAUACAGUGCUAAGACGGUCUGGCUGUCGCAAUGAGAAGAUUUUAUUCAUAAUGGAUGAGUCUAAUGUCCUCGAUUCAGGAUUCUUGGAAAGAAUGAACAGACUACUGGUCGAUGGAGAGGUUCCUGGAUUAUUCAAAGCCGAUAAAUUCACAACCCUCAUGACCCAGUGCAAGGAGGGGUCUCAAAAGGAAGGACUGAUGCUUCAUUCCUCUGAAGAGCUCUACAAAUGGUUCACUCAUCAGAUAAUGAGAAACCUUCACGUGGUAUUCACUAUGAAUCCUUCCUCUGAGGGUCUUAAAGACAAAGCUGCUACCUCUCCUGCUUUAUUCAAUUGUUGUGUGUUAAACUGGUUCGGUGAUUGGUCCACUGAUGCUCUGUAUCAAGUUGGAUAUGAGUUUACUAAUAAAGUUGAUCUUUAUAAAUCAGAC